GGUAUGUCACAAGCGUUGCAACAUACACACAGCGUGUUUAUAAACACACAGAGACGAAUACAGCUCAUUUCACCAAGAUACCAGGACAGAACAAAUCAGCAGCCAACGUUAUCACGUAGUUGUAACGAAGGACAGAAGUUAGUGGAAAUUAUGUCAAGGUAGCGAAACGCACCCCGUCCACAUGGUGAGUGGACAGACUGAAGCACGAGACAGUGACACGCCGUAUGGUGAACACAAAAUAGCAGCGACGUCCUGAGUUGGACUGGAAUUUUUACAGAUUAGCGUUGGAAGAAACGUGUCAUAAUGACGCUCGGAAAUCUAACUAAGGAGUUUCACAAACUCCUGAAGAAUAUCAGGACGCUGUCUGAUGGACAGGCCGAGAUUGUCGAGUGGGACGAUGAGGACGUGUCCAAUUUCAAGGUGGAUGUCAAGCCCCAUGAUGGGGCAUACAAGGGAGGCACUUUCCGCUUCACGGUUACCCUUGGCGAAACGUUUCCAGAAACAGCCCCAGUGAUUCGCUGUGAAACACAUAUAUACCAUCCCAACAUUGACCCAACAGAGGAGUGUGAUGACACCAAUAUCUGUCUGAACAUGUUCAACUCUGAUGAAUGGCAGGAGGCCUAUGGGGUGGAUGGCCUUGUACAGGGCCUCCUCUUUCUCUUCUAUGAACCAAACCUAGAAGAUCCUCUGUCACCAUAUUUUGAUUCAACAUCUGAGGUGGAUUUUGAGAUGAAUGUACUAGCAUCACUGAAGGGAGAAAUUGUGGAAGGUGUUCAGUAUAUCUGGAACUUCGGGGAAAAGGAGAUUGUAGAAGAAAAGGAUGCUGAUCAAGAUCCUAGCAUAAUCAAGGGAGAUAAUUCUAAAAGCAAUAUGGUUGAUAAAGCCGAAGAUAUUGAAAAGGGGGAUAACUCCAGUGUGGAUGAUGCAGUUAUUCUCCGUGAGAAGAGACAAUCUGUUGACUUGGAUAUUAUCGCACAGAGGAGACAGGGGUAUUUGUAGCUUGCGAUAAUAUCAGAAUGAUCAGUGACCCACAGUGCAAUAACGUCUCAUCUGGCGAUGGGGAUGAUACAUCAGAAAACCUCUUCCCUCAACCCUGUGACCUCUCGAAAACUGUUGUCAAAACAAAGGAACUGACAACACCGACUAGUGACUCAAGCCCAUCAGAUCUGAAUCUCCAAUCAAUUGCCUUGUCAGACUGUCCAGAAGUUGUAACCAUAGAAUCUGACCUUCAACAGCCCCUUGUGGACAGCAGGGAUCUGGAUCUGUCUGUCCAGUGUGAAGCACCUUUUGCAGGCAUGUUUGAGAUGAACCUAUCACAUAAAAGUAUAUCACUAAGCUCCUUUGAUCCAGUUGUGCCAGAGAUGAACCUGCUGUUCCUCAUGAUAAACAAACUGACAAAACUGUUCAAAACAUGUCAUCGAACAUGCAAGAGAUAAGGCAUUCUUCUGAUUGUUUAAUUUAUAAUUUUUCAAGUUUUGAUAAUCAGUGCUCUAUUUCUAUAAUUAAUUUGUCUGAAAACAAAUUAUAAUUGGCAGGUAUUGUGAACUGCUGAAGAGCUUGUUUUGUGUGUUAGUAAGUGAUUGAACGAGCAAAUGCUUGUUUCUGUGUCAGUGAGUGAGGAGAGUGCUUGUUUUUGUGUACCGGUAUAUGAAUGAAGAGUGAUACAAAUGCUAGUUUUGAUAUGUGUGAAUAAAUAGUGACUGACACAGCUGCGUGUUAUUUGUGUAUGAAUGACAGAAUUACUUGAUUGUAUGUGUGUGAUUGAAGAGAGUGUGAUAAAUAGGUAUCCCAAGUCUUUCAAUGGUACAGAUAUUUCACUUAUGGUAUUACGUUAUUAUUUAUUUUGUUGAUUAACUCCUGACAUUGGAAAUACAUUGUUUAUAUGAA